ACUUGCACUUUUCUCAUGUCUGACGACGGAGGCGAUGAUUUUGUUGGCCUUGGUUCAAGGAACGAGAACCAGGCCUACGAUGACGAAGAAAAUGAUCUGUUGAUAUCAACAGAGCUAAAUGAUGAGUACCCACAAGAGGAAGCUGCCGAUAACGGUGCAGAAGUGAAUGGUAUCCAGACAAAUGGUCAUGUGGAUAACACAAGAGGUUCGGCGGGCGUUGCUCGAGAACCCAACAAAGUCCGCGUCACUACGCCUUACAUGACGAAGUAUGAGAGGGCCCGGAUCCUUGGCACUCGCGCACUUCAAAUAAGCAUGAAUGCUCCAGUGUUGGUUCCGACUGACGGCGAGACCGAUGCUUUGCAAAUAGCCAUCAAGGAGCUUUCUCAGCGGAAAAUACCACUCAUCAUCCGACGUUUUCUCCCCGAUGGAAGUUUUGAAGAUUGGAGCCAAGUUAACAUGGAUUACCAGAAUCGAGUUGGGUCCAAAUUUGGAGGUGGUGGUGUGGCUGGUGCCUCAGAGACCAAUGUCGAUCGGCGAGAGCGACUAAGAAAACUCGCAAUGGAGACCAUCGACAUUGCGAAGGAUCCAUAUAUCCUUCGAAAUCACCUCGGAUCCCUGGAAUGCCGAUUAUGUCUUACACUUCACACUAAUGAAGGAUCAUAUCUUGCACACACUCAAGGAAAGAAGCACCAAACGAACCUGGCGCGUCGUGCUGCCAAGGAUAUGAAAGAGACGCAGCUCCUGGUUGCACCUGCGCCUUCAAACAUUCAACGCAAGCACUUCGUGAAGAUAGGCAAGCCAGGCUACCGUGUCACAAAAGUUAGGCAUCGAACGGACUAUGAUGCUUAUGGAAAUGUCGUCCCAAGGGGUGAUCCUGUCUCCGUAACCUCAGUCGCUAAAGAGGGCUUGCUGGUCCAAGUUCACUUGCCGCACAUCAAGGAAGGCGUGAGGCCACGGAAACGAGUCAUGAGCGCUUGGGAGCAGAAGAAGGAGCAGGCGAACCGAACUUAUCAAUACCUGAUUGUUGCGGCGGAACCGUAUGAAACCAUUGCCUUCCGCAUACCAGCCCGCGAAAUCGAGAGUGAAUUUGAUGAUGACAGCGAAUGGAACUGGUCUCGAUGGGAUCCAGACACAAAAGAAUACUCAUUCCAGUUCAUGUUCCGCCAGUAA